GAUAAACCGAAGCGAAUUCGAGACGACGUUGUCGAAGUGGAUGUUGAUGCAAUCGAUAUACCGCAUGGAGCGCCGCAGAAGCUGCCGGCUAAUAGUAGCGAAGAUGACGUCAGUCGGAAACGAAAAAAGGAGAUGGACGAUCAGGGCUUCACAUAUUCUUGGUCAACGGAGCAAAAAGUGCGACCUGGUUUGAAUGUGUUCGACGAGAAAGGCAACGAACUUGAGUGGGAUUACGAGCAUGACACCAGGUUCUUUGAUGAUCCUAGCGUUGAUCCACCGAAAGAUGAGUUGAAAACCACGGAGGUCGAGUCAGGAGCUCCUCAAGCGAAAGUUGUGAGGGGACGAGGUGCGAAGAAAGGAUCGUUUCUAUUCAAUGGCGAAGGUGGAACGCUAGCUUCAGAUGAUAUAGAUGAGAUAUCUUUGUGA